UCCCGAUCCCAUCUGUACCCCCCCCUUCCCCAGGCUCUGUGCCGGGAGCUGCACGCCCGCGUGGGGCGGGUGGAUGAGGAGCGUUACGACAUGGGGACACGCGUCAGCAAGAACCUCACUGAGAUGGAGGAGCUGAAGCGCCGGGUGGCCGCGGGUCGGUUCGUGCGGCCCAACCUGCGGCGUGUCCGUCUGUCGGCCGACGCGAUGAUGACGGCCCUGCUCGGGGCCAAACAUCGCGUGGGCACCGACCUGAGGGCGGGGCUCAGACAGGUGCGAAAGGACGACGCAGAGAAGGUGAGAGGGGCACACCUGGGGGAGGGA